UGCAAAACUCGUGCCAUUACUCAUAUAUUGAGUCACUUUAUAAAACAGAUGACGGAUUUUCUGUUGAAACUCUAUUAAUGCAGACGCAGCAUGUUUGUACUAAAUAGGUUUUUGUGUACAGAAAGUUUAUAAAAACACAGUGUUGCUUCAGGUAUACCAAUUACGUCGAUCAUUGAAACAAUUUAGCAAACAAAUUAAAAGUUAGUCAACUUAGUCGCUUAACAUAAAAAAAAAAACUUUCCAAAGUACUAAUUAGGUUAAAUAUGCUAUUUAUGCCGUCUCAUUCUAUUCUUCUUGUUUUAUUUUGUUAUUGGUAUCACUCAGUUGCUGACGCUUUGAACUUGGAUACUCUACAACAGGCCUGUCGGGCAGAAGACGGAUACUAUGACUGUGGCAACGGUCAAUGUAUCUCUCGACGUUUGGUAAUGGAUACUCGUAUUGACUGUGAUAACAAUGCGGACGAAAUAGGUCUUAUUCAGUGCAAUGACAAUGAAAUUUAUUGUCGCUUCAUCAACCGUUGCGUGCCGAGACAUCUUAUGAAUACACAGAAUAGUUGCAACGAAAAUGAACAACUAAUUCUACCAUGCCGAAAGGACGAAGAGUUUAUGUGCACUAAGAGCCUUAAGUGCAUACAACGUUGGAAAGUAAUGGAUGGCAAAUACGACUGCGCAACCAUGCUUAUUCCCAAUGAUACUAGCGAUGAAGAAGCCCCACUAUCUAACUGUACCAAUUCCGAGUUACGUUGCCAAUCUGAGGGAAAUUCCACUAAAUGCAUUCCACGUGAUUGGGUUAUGGAUGGGGUUCCUGAUUGCAGUCAAGGGACAGACGAGUUGACGGCGUUGGUUUGCGACCAAGAGAAGGAAUUUCAGUGCGUUUGGAACGGCCGAUGUAUUCCAAGAUACAGAGUGAAUGACGAUUAUAAAGACUGCGAAGACGGAUCGGACGAGGCGAUAAACAUAACUUGCUUGAAUACUGAGUUCGCUUGCUUAGGAAUAUACAACUCUCCUAUUAGUAUGGGGAGACGGUGUAUACCGAAAACUUGGCAACUAAACAAUAUCACCGAUUGUGCCGACGAAAGCGAUGAAUUUACAGCUCCGUUAAACGGUUCAUGUCCGGAGGGGAGUUAUCAGUGCGAAAAUUCUUUAAGAUGUAUUCCAAGGUCGUAUUUAUGCGAUGGUCUUGACCACUGUGGCGAUUGUAGUGAUGAGAUAGAAGAAUGCGAAGUACCAGUGAUGUUUCGUUGCCCAAACGAUAUACGAAGGACUUGCCUGCACUGGUCUUAUGCGUGCGAUCCAUACGCCGAUUGUCCUAAUGUGGAAGAUGACAUAUUUACAGUUGGGCCUGGAUUUAAAUGCCAGAAGCAGUACGGUUUGUCUGAUGUAAAAAAGUAUUGCAUUCUUCCACAAUGGAGUCUAAAGGAUUCCUAUUUUUCGUGUGAUGAUCGUUCGGACCUAUGUUAUCAAAACGACACAUUUCACUGCAGUCUAUGCUUAGACGGAAAGACUGUAAUAGCCCCAAGACAAAUUUGUGACGGAAUAUUUGAUUGUCCUGACUUAUCAGACGAAUGCCUCUGCGUGACGUCAUCUUUGAAAACUGCCGAAUUGUGCAACAAUGUCUGCUACGGAUACCCGAGUCCUCCGUGUUCAAAAUGCAACAAGGAAGAGUUUUUAUGCGACGGGAUAUGCUUACCAUACAGUAAAGUCUGCAACGGGAUAGUAGACUGUCAUAUCUCUUUAAUUGAUGAGCGUUGGUGCACUGUAGAGUCUGGAACCUUUACUCCAAUACGCCCUAAAGACUUUGCCUGCGAACCUGUACCCGAUGUACUUCAAACAGCGAUAGAAUUCGGGAAUUUUGGGUAUCUGGCGAACAAGAGCUUUCCCGUAAUGGCAAAAAGUUGUGACGGAAUUACGGAAUGUAGAAACAUGGAAGACGAAUGCAGUGAAAGAGCGAACUGCGAGAAUAAACCAAAAAUCUGCACUGAUGUACCAAUAAUAACGCAAGAAGUUCCAGCUAGUUUCGUCCCGGGGCUGACACGAGACGUGGUUUUAGAAAUUCGACGUUGUAGUGGCGUUUUCAAUUUCGUUUUUGGUUUCUCAGUUUGCAACGGGAUAAAUGAAUGCCAGGAUGGAGAAGAUGAACGGAAUUGCACAGAACGCUUUCAAUGCGACGCCGGGCAGCGUGAAUGGCUAACAGGCUCAAAAAGGAUGUUGAGCAUUGCAAACUCGCAGAAGUGCGACGCUGUCUACCCUCCCGACUGCCUGGAUUCGUCCGACGAAAUUAACUGUAGUGACUCCACACACUUUUACUGCGAAAGUGGAACUCCUUUCUUUGUUCGUCGAGACCAAGUGGUGGACGGUAAAAGAGAUUGUGCAGAUGCAUCGGAUGAGUGCCCACCUGAUAUGUUUCAAACCAAUGCACUAUCUUCGCGUGAAGAACUUAUUAAAGUCCCAUUUUUAAGAGCAAUGGUAUGGGUUAUGGCUUUUGUGGCAAUCAUAGGAAAUUGUGUGGUUUUUAUUCUUUCAUCAAAAUCUCUUAUUAAGAACUCGAAAAAAGCGAAAAAUGCAAGAGCUCCUGGAGUCGUUGUGAUCAACAAGAUUUUAAUUCUCAAUCUUUCCAUUGCCGACUUACUUAUGGGAAUUGCUCUUUUGAUUAUCGGCAUCAAGUCGGCUCAAUUUUCUGGACAGUACUGCUGGAGAGACCUGUUAUGGCGCAGUAGUACUACAUGCGAUGUCAUAGGAGUUUUAUCUGUGCUCUCGUGCGAAGCUUCGGUUCUCUCGCUCGUAUGUUUAACUUCAUAUCGUGUCUACACAAUCUAUUUUCCUUUAAAAUCAAGGACGGUUAACAUGAAAGUGGCGAUUAUUUGGAUUAUGUGCAUUUGGGUUGUAUGUUUUAUUUUGGCCUUUCUGCCCCUGGUAGACCAGCUCUCCCGUUACAUGGUGGCAACAAUGCUAAUUAAAACCACGCCCUACCUAAAAACUGAAAUAAUUCGGUUUAACCAGUUAUUGGAAUUUACGAAAAGGAUCUCCGCUACUCAACAGAAUGUCAGCGUCGAUGGUAUAUUAACGACAGGCUCCUGGUCAGUUUUGCAGCGUUUUCUCAGUGACAGCUUUCCUAAAUAUGUACCUGAACGAGUUGGAUAUUUCGGUUACUACAGCGCAAGUGCUGUGUGUCUGCCACGUUAUUUCAAACUACCGACUGACCAGUUCGAAGUCAAUGCGAUUUCUCCCGUUAUCAUGAGCUUUAACUUCAUAGCACUGCUCUACAUCUGCGCGGCAUACGCUGCGAUUUAUAAAAGAACAUAUUCUGGGAACAUGGCAGUAGAUACAGCACAAAGGCAACAAACGGAACAGCGCCAGAAAAACGCAAAAAAGAUGCAACGAAAAAUUUCGAUUCUCAUUCUCACAGAUUUAUGCUGCUGGCUUCCGGUAUGCCUCAUGACUUUUAUAAGCCUAAGAAAGGCAGGUCUGCAUGAUUCAGUAUAUUCCUUUUCUGCGAUCAUUCUCUUACCGAUAAACAGCUCGCUAAACCCAAUCAUCUACACAGAUGCAGUUCCAAAACUUUACACAAAGCUAAAACAAAUUGGGUUACAGGUCAGGACAUUGGUGAAUGUUGAUAAAACACAAAUUCCUUCCACAACCGAAACUCCCAACGUGACAACAACAUCAGUAUAA